AUGCUUGAUUUUGUGAACUGUACCUGCUUGAAUUGGGUUUGUAGCAGGAGUGGUGUAAAUGAGUUUGUAGCAGAUGUUUGGCUGAAGGCUUACAAGUUUACCCAUACUAUAGCCUAUUGGUUGACUCUUUUGAGAGAAAACAAAAAUGAGAGGCACAUGAGCCUUUACACUCACAUUAUAGGCCCUUUGGUUUAUGUUUUUCAAGGUAAAACAGAAAUGAGUUAUUCAAGUACAUCAAGGAUGGUACCUGGUGUUUUGUGUGACUGCGAUAAGGUUGCUCGUCUCCAAACUGCAUGGACCCCUGCCAACGCAGGAAGGAGGUACUUUGAUUGUGCCGAAAAAGCUUGUCGCUUCUGGAAUUGGUUUGACCCUCCUAUGUGUGCAAGAUCAAAAGAGAUAAUACCCGGUUUGUUGCAUAAAAUAAACCGGUUAGAAGCUGAAACAAAUCGACACAGUGUCGAACCUGCUAAUGAACUCCAAGAGAAAGAGAGGUACAUCAAAAAGAUGAAGAAACUGGAAAAACAAAAUGCACAGUUGAGGCAGAAGAAUAGAAUUUUACUGUUUGCUUGUCAUGGUUUUAAUGAGCACGCAGUAGGUUCCGUCUGGGUUGUUUAG